ACGACACUUGUUAAAAUGAAAGCCAUAAUUUGCAUCGUCCUGCUGGCUGCGGCCGCCGUCCUCGGCGCCGAGGAGAAGAAGACGGAGAAACGCGGGGCCAUCGGCAUCGGCGCGCCGCUCGUCGCCGGCUGGGGCGGCCACGGUCUCGGCUGGGGCGGCGCCCCGAUCGUCGGCGGCUGGGGCCACGGCGUCGGCUGGGGCCAUGGCGUCGGCUGGGGCCACGGCGGCUGGGGUGCCCCCCUCGCCGCCCCGCUCGUUGCACCCGCACCCGUCAUCAGCCAUAGCGUGGCGGCCCCCGUGCUGUCGCACGGCCUAAUCGGUGGCGGCCUCGUCGGCGGCCACGGCCUCAUCGGCCACGGCUGGUAGAGAAGUUCAGUCGAGUCUCGGUGUACUCGAGGGCCGAGACGAGGUGUGCCAAAAUAGUGUUUCGUGAUUCGUAAAAUAAAUUCCUUUUGUAAAUAA